UUGUAGCCUAUAUGGAUAUACAUACCUUUUCAUUCGUGAGUUUCAAACCUUCAAAUUCUCAACAAAGGCGUGCGUUCGCCCUAGCCAACAUCGCUUCUUUUUUACCGAGUCUAGUAACUAGUUACUAAAUCAUUUUAUGAUUUUAACUAAAUUAAUUAAUAUAUCAAUUGAAAAACAAUCAAUAUGUCUGACAAUGGUGUUAUUGCUGAAAAGAGGAGUCGUGGAAGACCUGCUAAAGCAGUUGAUGCAAAUGACAAGGAAGUGAAAGAGGUAAAAAAGCGUGGUAGACCUGCUGUUAAACAAGACUCUCCUGUAAAAUCAGACAAAGUUGAAAAGAAGAUCGAAAAAGAAGGUGAAGAUGAUGAACCAAUUGCUAAGAGAGGGCGAGGAAGGCCAAAGAAAGGUAGCCAAGGCAGCAAAUCUAAGGCUAAAAUUACAGCAACAGGAAAAGGACGAGGCAGGCCACCUGGAAAAAAAGUAGAAAAAGAAGAAUCUGCUGAAGAAAAUGACGAAGAAGAAGAAGAUGAAGAUUAAAUUUGUAUUAAUCAUGUAUCAUAAAAUAUACUUCGCCAUUAAUUAUAACUUU